AUGUGGAUUGAAUGGUUUGUUCGAUGUUCGACAUCGAUUAGUAAAUGGCCAUUAAGAUUAGUUUGUGAUGAAUGCAAACGACGUCGAUUUAUUCUUUCGUUUAGUCCACUUUUAUUUAUUAAUAAUCGAAAAAUUGAUAAGAUCGUAUUUAAUAAAUAUAAUUGGAGAGAACAUGAAGAAAAUCAAUGGAAAGAUUAUCGAAAUAAAUCUCAUGCAAAUUCAUCUCUAUUAGCUUCAUCAAUUAUUGGUGUUUUAACAACUGCAGCAGCAGCAGUAUUUUCAUGGGAACAUGAUGGAAUUAGUGAUCAAGAAUUACAAGAAGCAAGUUCGGAUGAUUAUUUACUUAAGAUGAGCAAUGCUCAAGUUGAUGAAACUUUAACAUCAUUCGGUUGGGAAAAACUUCUUCGAAAAGAUCAUUUAAUGCUUUUUCGUAAAUAUGAUCAUGAAUUACAAGUUUAUUCAUAUAAAAUUUUUGGUACAUUUAAUGAUAUAUCUGCAUUAGUUUUUUUUCAAGUACAAUUGGAUCUCGGUUAUCGAAUGAAAUGGGAUGAUCAUGCAUUAACUUUAUCUGUAGUUGAUUCACAUGAAAAUACUCAAAGUGAUAUAGUUCAUUGGGUACAAAAAUUUCCAUUUCCAUUUAAUAAUCGUGAUUAUCUAUAUGUUAGACGUUAUUGUCUCGAUAUGUCAAGAAAUACAUCACCCAAAAUUGUUAUUAAAUGUCAUUCAGUCAAUCAUCCUGAUGUUCAUGAUGAUAAGAAAUGUGUACGAGUUAAUAGAUAUGAAUCAUCAAUGGUUAUUCAAUCGAAAAAUAAACUCGAUGAAAAAGGAAUGAAAUUUUUAUUGACAUAUCAUGAAGAUGCAAAAGCAUCUAUGCCUACAUCAACUUACUCAUAUUUAGCUCAGAGUGGUAUCCCAAAUUUUGUAGAAAAAUUACAUAGUGCAGCUAAAAAACUUCCAAAAUCUAAACAAUAUCUCAGCAUUGAAUCACUUCCACAAUGUCGUUUUGUUGAUGAUAUAUCUAACUGA